AAUGAAAAUAAGCUUAAGUCCUUUCGGCUUGCUGCUGCCAAACAUCAGCACUUAUAUCGUCUUGCCAUGACUGGUGCUGGCAUUGACCGCCAUCUGUUCUGCCUUUAUGUCGUGUCCAAGUACCUUGCUGUAGAUUCUCCUUUUCUUAAGGAAGUUUUGUCAGAGCCUUGGAGGCUGUCAACAAGUCAGACACCACAGCAACACAUCGAUCUAAAGAAGAACCCUGAGAUGUUAUCCUGUGGUGGAGGAUUUGGACCGGUGGCUGAUGAUGGUUAUGGUGUUUCUUAUAUUAUCUUGGAUGAAAAUUCCAUCCAUUUCCAUGUCUCCAGCAAAAUAUCUUGUUCUGAGACGGAUUCUCAUCGUUUUGGAAAAAACAUCCAAAAAGCAAUGGUUGACAUCAUGGGUUUAUUUAACCUUA